AUGUAUUGCUGUAAAGAACUAAAACUACUCUAUGCCAUUGUUGUUCUAUUAUUAGAAGCUGAAUUGUUAGUGAACAUAGGUGCUAUGGAGUCGAAGAGGUCUUCCAUACUCGUAACUCAAAAUCCGGAUGAUUUGAAGGCGUUAGAACUUUGUACGACACGAAAUCAACAGAGGCUUGGCAGUGUCUUUGGGAAUUUUACAAGGCAUCACAAAAAAGGUCAUAGAAGAAGAACAACAUCCACUAGCACAACAACAGAAACGACAAUGCACUCGACAACAGAUUUUGAAACAGAAUUCACAAGUGAAUAUAGCACAGCAUAUCCAAAGUUACCUAAACCAUUACGACUAAGUCUAGACAUUGAUUACGAUGUACAUAACAUAAAUAUAGAAGAAGAUCAUCAAAGGCAUAAACACGAUAGUGUAGAUAGAGAAUUAGAAUUAGAAAUGGAUGAAACAGUAUUAUCUAAAUCUUUCAAUAAGGCUAAGAAAAUGUAUAGAGACUCAGCCGCAUCUGCUGUUAAUAAGUUAAGUGCUAAAACUAGUAAGAAUGGUAUAUUUUUGACUGACAACUGCACGACGGUUAUAGCCCAAAUCGGAACAACGGCUAUAUUACACUGUGAAGUUAGUGAUAUUACGGAAAAUACGGUGACCUGGAUUCGGCGGAAAGACUACUCACUGCUAUCCGUCGGUCUAGUUACGUAUAGCGCUGAUAACAGGUUUUUCUCCGCUCAUGGACGACAUGUUAAGGAUUGGGCGUUACAUAUCCGGUUUGCGACAUCAGCGGAUGGGGGCUACUACGAGUGCCAGGUCCCCACACAUCCGCCAACGAGCAUUUUCUUCAAACUUGUACUAGUGGCUGCCUACGCAGAAAUUGUGGGUGAAUCAGAAAAGAUAAUUCAUGAGGGUUCCAUGCUAAAGCUUAUCUGUGUCGUGAAAAGAUCUACUGAACCACCUUCUUACGUCUUCUGGUACUUCGAGAACAGAAUGAUAAAUUAUGAUUUAAAUGGCGUGAGUGUCCACAAUGGCAGGCACACCAGUGAGCUUGUGAUUGGUAAAGCGGAACCUCGCCACGCCGGAAAUUACACUUGCGUACCAGCCAACGCGCGCGCAGCAUCUGUAACUGUACAUGUAGUACAAAGCGAAACACCAGCGGCGAUGCAACACGGCAACAACUAUGCAACAAAGAAUAUCCACUAUUUAAAACUUUUACUUACGGUGUUAUCACUGAGAAUUAUUAUUCAGCAAAUCUCCCACGAGUUUGGAUAA